GGAACACUGAGAACACUGGGAAUACUGGGGAUACUGGGAACACUGGGGAUACUGGGGAUACUGGGAAUAACAGGAAUAACAGGAAUACUGGGGAUACUGGGAACACUGGGGAUAACAAGGGUGGCAGCCGAUGACUUCUGGGUCAAGCUGGAGGCCGAGCUGGCCAUCCGUGUGUCCGUGGAUGGUGACAUCACGGGGCUGCGCAAGGUCCUGGACGACACGAACCUGACGCGGCUGCAGCUGGAGGGGGAGAUCGAGGCCCUGCGGGAGGAGCUGAUCCUCAUGCGCAAGGACCACGACCAGGAGGUGCAGGGGCUGCGGGCGCAGGUCGAGGGCUCGGCGCUGACGGUCGAGGUGGACGCGCCGCGGGCGCAGGACCUGGGCAAGGUCCUGGGGGAGCUGCGGGCCCAGUACGAUGCCCUGGCCCAGAAAAACCUGGAGGACCUGGAGAAGCAGUGGGGGCAGCAG